AUGUCAUUUGUUGUGACUUUUGCUACAACAGCGCCUGUAAGUGAUGAUUUGAGUAUUGUACGUGAAAAUGUUCGUAAAAUAAUGCUUUGGCCUUCUCCAGAACAAUUGCCUGACAUUCUUGCACAAGCAAAAGCAAAUCUUAGCACCUUAGAUUUUGAUACUUGUCAGUGGCCUGAUCUAAAUUAUACAACACGCGGUCCAGAAAAUUGGGAUCCAGUUUUACAUAUGUUUCGUAUUGCGACGAUGACAGCAGCAUAUACGGUUCCGGGUGGAUUCUCCAAUGACACGAAAUUAUCGUUGGGCAUUCAUUGUGCUCUAAAAGUAUGGAUUGAACAAGAUUGGCAAAAUCCUAAUUGGUGGUGGAAUUAUAUUCAAGAUCCAUUAAUAGCUACUGGUAUUAUGAUGAUGUUAGGUGUAGAACGAAUGACGACAUAUGAAAUUGAUGCCAUUGUGAAGAUGUCCUAUCGUGCCAAUUGGUGGAUUAAAGAUUGGGAAGGUGGUGCCAAUUUAGUAUGGGAAUUACAAAUACAGUUAUAUCGUGGUUUAGCGACAUCAAAUUAUUCGGCGGUGUCACAAGCUUUUGAACUAAUGUGGAAUACAGUACAAAUACAAAAUCUUACAACAAUGGGCAUACAAACAGAUUGGUCGUAUCAUUUUCAUGGUUCUCAAUUACUUCCAGCAGCAUAUGGUGAUGCAUGGGCAACAAAUAUUCUCCAUUUUCACAUGGCCACACGUGGCACACAAUAUGCUCUAUCGAAAGAUCGUUUGGAAGUUUUCGGUCGAUUUUUAACACGAGGUGAUGCCUGGUUUACUAUGGGUAGUGUAUGGGUGUGGUCUCUUAUCGGACGUAUUAUCGAUCGUGGUGUACACGCUUGGUACUCACAUUUGUUUCCAUCUGAUCAAUUACGUGAACUAGCAAUGGAUAUGACAGAUAAUACGUCUGCAAUUGCAUUAUGUGAAUAUGCUGGUCGUCUUGAGCAUAACCAUCGAACUGUACCUUUAGUUGGUAAUCGUCAUUUCUAUACAAGUGAUUUUCAAGUACAUCGACGAGUCAAUUGGACAGUAGCAUUAAAAAUGCAUUCUGCUCGUGUAAUAGCUACAGAAUGUGAUAACUACGAAAAUUUNAGAACAUGA